AUGGCUCGUGCAGUUAGCAUUAAUUUAUGCACAACAUAUUCAUGUGUUGGUGUAUUUCAACAUGGAAAAGUAGAAAUUAUUGCAAAUGAUCAGGGUAAUCGAACUACACCUUUCUACGUGGCAUUUACAGAUAGUGAACGUUUGAUUGGCGAUGCAGCUAAAAAUCAAGUUGUUUUGAAUCCAAACAAUACAGUAUUUGAUGCUAAACGACUUAUUGGUCGUAAAUUCAAUGAUGCAAGUGUACAAUCGGAUAUGAAACAUUGA